UUGUCAGCUAAAACAUUCAUACGUAAAGGUGGAUACGAAGUGCAAGUCAUUUAAGGUACCAGGUCUAACUAAUUACUAAUGUUUUGACAUUUUCUAAAACUUGCUAAAGUAUUAAAGUAAUCUAAACUACCAACGUUAGUUUAUAUUCUGUGGAAAGUUCCCAGUGUUAGCUGAUAGCUAACGUUAGCUCCUCCCCUCUUCUACUCUAAAUUACCCACCAGGAAGAAAGUAAAUAACUGAUAAAAACGUCGACUUCUCCUGGUUAUCCCUAGCUGUCUCAGAAGCUGCCGUCCCAGUUUAUGCUAGAACAUGUCAAUACCUUUCUCCAUCACUCACCUGCGGGUCCCGCAAGGAUUUGGUCCCAUCCUGGAGGGGUUGGCCAGAGAAGUCCUGCGAGACCAGCCCGAAGACAUCCCUAAAUAUGCUGCACAGUAUUUCGAUGCUCUUCUCAAGCAAAGAGAGGAUAGUGGAAUGGACCCUGCUGAGUGGGCAGCUAAGCAGGAAGACACGUAUAACAACAAUGCAUUGAAGGCUGCAGGGGCUAUUCCUGAAAAAGACCCUGAAACAGAGGUGACCAUUUCCAAAGAAAAAUCACUUGAGUACCAAACUGAAGAUGAAUCAGAAACCUUAAAUCUUUCCACUACGCAUCCCAAUGUCUCUGAAGAUGUGGAUUUAACUGCAAGCGCAGAAGAAUAUGAGGAAAAACACGACAUGACAGAGAAACACGUUGUUUCACUGGAAAAGGGAAUUUCAGAAGAGGAAACAGGCAACAUGCUCCCAGCUGUAGAUGUACAGCCAGAUGGUGUGAGCGGGGCCGAGGAAGAGAAAGACCCAACAAUAACUACAUUUGAUCAUGUUGACAGGGCGGCUAAUGGAAAAGAUAGCAGCUCGGCUUCAGACCAUGAUAUGCCUCAGUCUGAGUUAGAGCCCACUGACUUGUCAUCAUUCAGAGCGAUUAUAAAGGUAGAUGUGUGUUCUCAGGAGUUAGGAACGGCAGAAGAUGAGGAAGGUGAUCAACAACAGACUGCAGUAGUAGAUGAGGAGAUUGUAGACUCAGAAGGAGUCAAAAAAACUGGAGUGGAGGCCUUUCCAUAUUCUGGGCUAGCUGAUGUGGAUGUGUGUGCUACAGAGCUUGGAUUAACAGAAAGAUUAAUUGAUGGUGCCACUUCUGAAGAUGAUGAUGACAACUCAAAACCCCAACCUGAGGAAACUGUUGUACAAUCAUCAUUGUCUCCUGAGUGCAAUCAACGUGAAGCAAAAUACCAGGUAGAAAAAGCAAAGGAGGAGGAAGCAACAGAGACUGAGGCUUCUCCUGGGGGAAUAAAUGAAAGUUUAGCUCAUAUUAAGGGUGGUUUACACAUUAAUGCUAUACCAAAGGAGGAUUCCUUGGUUGAGAUCAGCUUUGAAGAUGUUCCAGAGAAUCAGCAGAUUAAAGAGUUUGAGGAGAAACAGUCAGAGGAAGAGGGCUCAGUGGAGGUCUUACAGAACGAGAUAUUAGAAAUGCAACAAGAGGAAGAGUCCAAAGAAGUUGCUGUCGUGUCAACAGACCAAAAUAAAUCUAGCACACAAGACCAAGAUGAACUUGAAAUGAAGGGAGUUGAAAAAGCAGUUCAUUUUGAAGGGGGGGAAAUGGAAAGUCAGCAUGAGGCAUUUCAUAUAAUGAAAGAGAAGGUGGACACAAACACAAAUGAUUAUAAUUUAACUGAUAGUGAUGAUGAUGAUGAGAAGCGCAAAGGUGUUAAAACCAGCUCAUCACAUCAACCAACCAGCGAGGCAGACGAAGAGAACCCAGAGGAUGAAACCGAUCAGAAUGAACAUAAUGAGAAGAUGAGGGAAGGCGAAUUUCACCAGAAUUCUGAAGAAGAGGCAAAGUCAAACAACCCUGACGACAAAGAAGAUGAGACAACAGACACGGUUGGAGGAGACAACGGGGACAUACAUGCAGAAGGUUAUAGUGAGGUGGAGGAUCAUUCUCCACAAGUCACCUGGUCAAAUGUAUCGACGACUGCAACCGAGAGUGAAACUUUAGAGGCAAUUGCACAACUUCCACUGGAGGAGAACGAGGAGGGUCAGAGAACACCUGAGUCACAGGAUGCAGUGGUAGAAAAAGAGAGAAGUUCAGAAGCAGAGGACCUUGUAGAAGAAGGACAGAUUGAUUCUGAAAUACAAAAGAAGAGCGAUGCAAUGUGUGAAGAGGGCAGCAUCAUCCUCACGGAAAGCGCAGAUCAGCCGGCUGCGAGUCACCAAGGAGAGGAGAGGCCGCUCGAAAAGGAUUCCACAGAGCCUGAAGGCAAGAGUGGUGACAAGGUAAAGAUUUACAUGGACUGUCACAAUGACGAGUGCAGCCGGCCCCAGGAGGAGGAGGACAUCAUGGACAUCCCCCUGGAUGACCCCGAGGCCAACAGGGCUGCUGCAAAGAUCCAGGCCGGUUUCCGUGGGCACAUGACCCGUAAGAAGAUGAAGCCGGAGGACAAAGCGGAAGCGGAGGAGGUGAGCAGUGCUGGGGAUGUGCUCAACAGCAGCAAGGGGGACGCAGAGACAGGAGGAUCGGGGGCAGUAGAGAGAGACGACAGAUCCGUGCCAGAGCAGUAA